CAACCGCCACAGGUUGCAGGUGUUUCACGACCUCCUCUUGACCAGAAAAAUUCAUUCAAUCUUUGACAGACGUGGUUCCAAAAAACCAUCGUGGUCGAGAAAUUUUUAAGAAGAAUUUUUGGGUUUGAGUUUUUGGUUUUCUUUGGGUGCGCGCUUAAGUUGUGUCUAUUUUUUCCGAUAUUCUUUUUUUCGUCUUUUGGAUAUUUGUUUUGAAGAGUUGCUAAAAUGGCCGCCGUCGCCGCUGCUCAGAAGAACAGGGAGAUGUUCGCUAUUAAGAAGAGUUAUAGUGUUGAGAAUGGAUACCCAGCCAGGCGUAGAUCUCUCGUUGAUGACGCCCGGUUUGAAACUUUGGUCGUGAAACAAACUAAACAAACUGUUUUGGACGAAGCUAGACUUAGGUCUAAUGACUCUAGCGUAGAGCCUGAAAAUGAAAAACCCGUUCAACAGCCAGAAGAACCAACUAACAAGGAUGAUACUGGCCUUACUGAAGAAGAAGUGGUCCUAUCCAACGCAAUCUCCGAGGAUCCAGAAUCCGAAAAGAUGAACCAACGCGCCGCUCUAAUCCUUCACCUGAAAGAAGGAAUGAACUCCCUUGCCAGAGUCCUGAAAUCCAUCGAAAAGUACCAGGGCGUGGUCGUUCAUUUGGAAACCCGUCCCACCCAAAACCAGGGCACCCAGCUAGAUGCUUUGGUAAAAGUCGACAUGAGCAGGAUUAACAUGCUACAGCUGCUAAAGAACUUGAGACAAAGUCAAACUCUUGAGCAUUGCACCCUGAUUGGUGAGGAUAACAUUUCCGCUAAGAACCCAUGGUUCCCUAGGCACGCAAGUGAAUUGGACGACUGCAAUCAUUUAAUGACCAAGUACGAACCUGAUUUAGAUAUGAACCAUCCUGGAUUCGCUGAUAAGGUUUACAGGGCUAGGAGGAAGGAGAUUGCUGAAAUUGCUUUUGGAUAUAAAUAUGGGGACCCAGUACCAUACAUUGAAUAUACUGAGACCGAAAAUAAAACUUGGAGGUCGGUCUUCACCACCGUCGAAGAACUUAUGCCUAAACACGCCUGCGGAGAAUACCGUACAGUAUUCAGACUGCUCCAAAAGGAGGGAUUGUUCGUUCCAGACCACAUUCCACAACUGGAAGAUAUGUCUAAGUUUAUGCAAAAACAUACCGGAUUCACUUUGAGACCUGCCGCUGGACUUUUGACCGCCAGGGACUUUUUGGCCUCAUUGGCGUUCAGAAUUUUCCAGAGCACUCAGUACAUCCGUCACAUCAACUCGCCCUUCCACACUCCAGAACCAGACGCAAUCCAUGAAAUCCUUGGUCACAUGCCCUUACUGGCGGAUCCCAGCUUCGCCCAGUUCUCCCAAGAAAUCGGCUUGGCCUCCCUGGGAGCAUCCGACGAGGAAAUCGAGAAACUAUCCACUGUCUACUGGUUCACCGUAGAGUUUGGCCUGUGCAAGGAAGCCGGAGAAACCAAAGUCUACGGAGCAGGACUCCUUUCAGCUUACGGAGAACUACUACACGCCCUCUCAGACAAGCCGGAGCACAGACCAUUCGAUCCAGCAUCCACCGCCGUUCAGCCCUACCAAGACCAGGAGUACCAACCGAUUUAUUACGUAGCAGAAAGUUUCGAUGAUAUGAAGGAUAAGUUCAGAAGAUGGGUGAGCGGCAUGUCCAGACCAUUUGAAGUGAGAUUCAAUCCACAUACUGGCAGAGUGGAAGUACUCGAUUCCGUAGAAAAACUGGAAAGUUUGGUACAUCAGUUGAACACCGAGGUACUACAUCUAUCUAACGCCAUUCACAAGAUGAAGGCUCCUAGCAUUUGCUAAGUUCAUAAUUUAUUACUAAAUUCGCUUAUUUGGUUGUGUUUGUUGUGUAAAAUUUUGUUUUCUUGUAAUAUAUUUUGACUCUAAUAUAUUUAUAUAUUUAAAAGCUCGUAGGCGUUAGGAUAGAUUAAUUCUUAAAGUAUUAUCUAGUUGAUAGUGAGUAGGUAGUGUGCAAUAUUGCACCACUGAUUAUGUGAUUGAUGUCGUGUCUAGUAGUAACCCUCUAUAAAAAAAAGACAGUGGCGUAGGGUCAGCGGGCUUAAAACGCGUUAGUUCCUUUGUAAUUAUUGACUAUUGAAUUUAUAUUGAUGAUGCUUUAUUUAAAUGUUCGCUUUUUAAGAAUUCGCAUUGACAACGCCACGUUAUCUUACGUAUGUAUUUAUGCAACUUUAGAUAGAAAUAGCACCUUCGCACGCGUAUUGCCGCAAUUCUCUAUAGAUAUGAUAAAUGUAUUUUAUGAUUUAGGCAACAUUGUAAUGUAAAAAAAUGUUUAGAAAAUAUAAAUGUGCAAUCAGA